AUCUAUUCUCUUGGUUACUUGGUUUGGUGUUCUGGUUUGCCCAUACUUCCCUAGCAAAAAGGAAGGACUUCCAGAAUCAUAUAUUUAGACAGUCGGCGUUUCAUUUCUCUUUGGUUGCAUUCUUUCUCUUGGUUUCAAGUUCCUUCAACUUGAAAAGAAGUUGAUGGUAAUUUUUUGUGGCAUAAAUUCAAAUUGCUGUCCAUUUCUCUCAUGGGGAAAUAAUCAGAUUAAGACGACGCAAGUAGCUCCGUUCAUGGGGUUUGGAUUUUCAAAUUGCAGAACUUCUCUGUUGCAGAGCACAACUGGAUUUACUGUUUUCACAAUGAAGGUAAGAAUCAUCCCCUCUGUGAAGUGCCAUCUCUAUCAAAAUGGACAGUUGAACUCUAAUUCUGAAGCAUCUAAUAAGAAAAUAAUAAAGAAGGUGAGGAAGAAAGAGCAGCAUCUGUGGAAGAAAAGAGAGUCAACUGGAUCUGGGAAAAAAGCCCUGAAUCUUGUUCGAAUUGUUUCUGAGCUUCCCAAUGAGAAAGAAGCUGUAUAUGGAGCAUUAGAUAAAUGGACAGCUUGGGAGACAGAGUUUCCUUUAAUUGCAACUGCUAAGGCCUUGAACAUGCUCAGGCAGAGGGGUCAAUGGCGGCGCGUAAUUCAAGUAGCAAAAUGGAUGUUGAGCAAAGGUCAAGGAGCUACAAUGGGUACUUAUGACACACUCUUACUAGCAUUUGACAAGGAUCAGAGGGCAGAUGAGGCUGAAUCAUUAUGGAACAUGAUUUUGCAUACGCACUCCCGAUCUAUUUCAAAGCGGUUGUUUUCAAGGAUGAUCUCUUUAUAUGAUCAUCAUGACAUGCUAGAUAAGAUUAUUGAUGUAUUUGCAGACAUGGAGGAGCUGGGUGUAAAACCAGAUGAAGAUACUGUCCAGAGGGUUGCUCGUGCCUUUCGAAAACUAGGUGAAGAAGAGAAACGGAAGUUGGUUCUUGAAAAAUACCAGUGUAGAUGGAAGUACAUACACUUUAAAGGGGAAAGAGUGAAAGUGAGAAGAGAUUUAUGGGAUUAUGAUGGUUCGACAAACUGAAGCACUAGGGGCUUUCUAUUUCCUACCAUCUUUUCUUCGGAUUUGACAGGGCAAAUUUUGGAAACCUGGCUGUUGCUACUGUUAGAAAUUUAAUUUGAAAUCUCUUUAAUACCCAUGACUUUUUCUGUAAGAAAUUUUAUCUGGUCUCAGGAGAUUCCUUGUCUGUAAACCUGAAGAGUAGCAGCCUCUUUCACAAGAAGUUUCAAAUUUUUCUUCCCUAGUAAAGGGAAUAUGUAAAGAAAUUUCUGAGGACUAAUGUA